AUGUCCCCGCGCACCCUCGGCAUGACCGACGCCCUGCACGACUACCUGCUGCAGGUCUCCCUGCGCGAGCCGGAGAUCCUCUACCGGCUGCGCCGGGAAACGGCGGCGGGGCCCGGCGACGGCAUGCAGAUCUCGCCCGAGCAGGGCCAGUUCAUGCAGCUCCUCGCCGAGCUGACCGGCGCGCGCAGCUAUCUGGAGGUCGGCACCUUCACCGGCUAUUCGGCGCUGGCCAUGGCGCUGGCCAUGCCGGCCGACGCGCGGCUGGUCUGCUGCGACCUGAGCGCGGACUACACGGCCAUGGCGCGGCGCUUCUGGACCGAGGCGGGGGUGGCCGAGCGCGUCGACCUGCGCCUCGCCCCGGCGCUGGACACCCUGGCGGCGCUGCAGGACGAGGGGCGGCGCUUCGACCUGAUGUUCAUCGACGCCGACAAGGAGAACUACGGCGCCUACUACGAGGCCGGCCUGAAGCUGGUCCGGCCCGGCGGCCUGAUCCUGUUCGACAACGUGCUGUGGGGCGGCAGCGUCGUCGAUCCCGACAAGCAGGACGCGGACACCAAGGCGAUUCGCGCGCUCAACCUGGCCCUGCACGCCGACCGCCGCAUCUCCCUCUCCCUGGUGCCGAUCGGCGACGGCCUCACCCUGGCGCGGGUGCGCUGA